AUGGCAAGUCGUUGGAAUUGGAUGAAACUGUCAACUGAGUUAUUUCUUGCAGGUAAAACAAUUCUAAAACAAUUUCGAUCAUCUUUAAACGAUAAUUCGGAUGAUAUUCAUGCUAAAUUGAUGUCUCGUUAUGACGAGGCACCAGAUUGGUGGUAUACAAUUUUAUUUGCUGUUGCGUUUACUCUAGCUACUAUUGUUUGUCAUUUCGGGGACUUGAUGCCUUGGUAUCAUAUGUUUACUGCUGUUACAAUUGCAUUUGUUUUUGUAUUACCAACGGGAAUCGUUCAAGCAGUUACUAAUCAAUCAAUCGAACUCAGUCCGAUUACUGAACUUAUUGCUGGCUUUCUUAUGCCUGGUAAACCAAUAGCAAAUGUUACAUUUAAAACUUACGGAUCUAUAACACACCAUCAAGCUUUAUCGCUCAUUUCGGAUUUAAAAUUUGGACAUUAUAUGAAGAUUCCGCCACGUGCAAUAUUUGUUACUCAAUUAACGAGUACAGUCGUAGCUGGUGUUGUCAACUAUGUAUCAGCUGUCUAUCUCAUGGAUACUGUUCCACAUAUUUGUACAUUAGAAAAUCCUAAUUGGAAAUGUCCCAAAGCUAAUGUAUUCUACAGUGCAUCAAUUAUAUGGGGAGCAAUUGGACCCGCAAAAAUACUUGGCACAAGAUCACUUUAUUCACCACUAUUGUUGGGCUUUCUUGCUGGCGCACUACUUCCAAUUCCAACUUGGCUUCUCACGAAAAAAUAUCCUAAAACUAAGUGGCUUAAAUACAUACAUUUUCCUAUCAUGUUAUCUGCUACGGCUAUUAUACCACCAGCUUCACCUGGUAACUAUCCAUCAUGGCUUAUGGUUGGCUUUCUUUUUAAUUGCAUUUUACUUCGAUGUGCACGAUCAUGGUGGAAGCGAUAUGCAUAUGUCUUUUCAGCAGCAAUGGAUUGUGGAGUAGGCUUUAGUAUACUGGCCAUCUUUUUUGUAUUCCAAAACAAUGGCAUAUAUUUUCCAAGAUGGUGGGGAAGUGGUGGACCCACAGGAGAUGGAUGUCCUUUAUCGUAUGCAAAUUUUUCUGGUAUCAUUCCAACAGAACGUCCUAUGCUGACGAGCUAG